UGUGCUUCCUGGUUGUGAUCUGUGUGUGUGUUUCCCUGAGUGCAUCUCUCUGUCUCUAGGGCUCUCUGAUCAGACAGCUGCACUUUGUAUUAAUCCAGCGUCAGCUACAUAUGAUCAGCAGCAAGCGCACAGCCUCUCUCUCUUGCUGGGGCUGCAGCUCCUGCUAGUUUGUUUCUCCUUUGCUUACAUCAAUGGCACAUCCUGCUGAGGGGCGUCAGAAACAACCAAACUCUGCUGUGUGAUCAGCUCAGCCACAUUUAAUAUGGAAUAAUAAAAAAACACACGGAAAGAAGGGCCAGCUGUGGGAAUUGCUAAACGGACUGGAGUUUGAGAAGUCACAAACGCAUGUGCUUUUUCUUUUGAUUUUUAUAUAUAUAUAUUUUUUGAGAAUAUAUUAGCAUAUUUUAUUUUCUGCAUAGUAGAAGCAGAGCUUCGGUCAGUAAGUGGAGUUGCAUGGAUGUUGCAAUGAUCAAGGGGACCAUGGAUGGUCUGGCUCAGGGAAAGAAGCAUCUGUGCUCUCCCCGGAGAGGGGUACUGCUGAAGCGGAGGCACUGGACAUGCAAGACCCGCAGGAAAAGGAAGGAACUGCUGCUGGGGCAGUUGUGCCUCAUGGGGUGUCUCAUGCUGUUAGUUUCACUACUCUCUCAUUGGGUUGACAAAUCGGGUUAUGAUGACCUCAGCUACUUAGACGAUGGCCAGAGAAAUGCAGGAGAGACCAAUAACAAAUGGACUGGACGAGGUUUACUCUGGGCAAGCAGUGACAACAUUACAGAAAUUGACAAGGAAACAGUUAAUCGUAAGAAUUGCACUGAACCAGGAAUUCAUGAAUUCCCUGAUGACAUUUUCUCAAAUGAGGAUAGAAAACAUGGAGCAAUCAUCCUGCAUGUUUUAUGUGCAAUGUACAUGUUCUAUGCAUUGGCGAUUGUCUGCGAUGACUUUUUUGUUCCAUCCCUGGAAAAGAUUUCUGAAAGGUUACAUCUCAGUGAAGAUGUGGCAGGCGCUACUUUCAUGGCAGCUGGCAGUUCUGCCCCUGAGCUCUUCACAUCUGUAAUAGGGGUAUUUAUCACAAAAGGAGAUGUAGGAGUUGGAACUAUCGUUGGCUCAGCUGUAUUCAACAUUCUCUGUAUAAUUGGCGUGUGCGGUCUCUUUGCGGGACAGGUUGUUGUUCUGUCUUCAUGGUCUUUGUUACGAGAUGCCUCUUACUACACACUGUCUGUCAUUGCACUUAUUGUGUUCAUUUACGAUGAGACCGUUUCCUGGUGGGAGUCCCUAAUUCUAGUCAUGAUGUACGCUAUUUACAUCAUUAUAAUGAAGUACAACUCAAAUAUACACGAAUGUUUUGAAAAGCGAACAAAAGGGGGAGCAAACAUUGCAAAUGGACUUGCAAGUAAUGCAGAAUUAGACGAUAACAUUAACUGUGAUGCAACUGUGGUUUUGCUUAAAAAAGGAAACUUUCAUCGUAAGACAUCGGUGAUAAUGGUUGAUGAGUUACUAUCUGCUUAUCCACACCAGCUUUCAUUCUCUGAAGCCGGGCUCAGGAUUAUGAUAACAAGUCACUUUCCCCCUAAAACUCGUCUCUCAAUGGCCAGUCGUAUGUUGAUAAAUGAGAGACAGAGGUUAAUAAACACCAGAGCUUAUGCGAAUGGGGAAUCCGAAGUAUCCAUUAAAAUUCCAAUUAAGCACUCAGUGGAGAAUGGCACAGGGCCCGGGAACCCAACAGAGAGAAAUGCAAAUGGAACCAGAAGGGAUGAAGAUGUGGCUGAGGCCGGCAAUGAAACCGAGAAUGAGAAUGAGGACAACGAGAAUAAUGAGAAUGAUGAAGAAGAGGAAGAGGAGGAUGAUGACAAUGAUGGGCCUUUCACUCCAUUUGACAUCCCCAACGGGAAAGCCAACAAAGCAAAAUGGAUGAUAAGCUGGCCAUUGUGUCUGCUCCUGUACUUUACUGUACCCAACUGUGCUAAGCCCCGCUGGGAGAAAUGGUUCAUGGUAACAUUUGCCUCCUCGUCUAUAUGGAUAGCAGCUUUCUCCUAUGUCAUGGUCUGGAUGGUUACUAUAAUUGGAUUUACAUUGGGAAUUCCGGAUGUAAUUAUGGGCAUCACUUUCCUAGCUGCUGGGACCAGUGUACCAGACUGCAUGGCAAGCUUAAUUGUAGCAAGACAAGGUAUGGGUGACAUGGCCGUGUCCAAUUCCAUUGGUAGCAAUGUGUUUGACAUCCUUAUAGGCCUCGGCCUACCCUGGGCAUUACAGACACUGGCAGUUGACUACGGAUCUUUCAUCCAGCUGAACAGCAGAGGGCUUAUAUAUUCCGUAGCUUUAUUACUGGCAUCGUUAUUUGUCACAGUUUGUGGCAUUCGUCUGAAUAAGUGGAAGCUGGACAAGAAGCUCGGAAUCACGUGCAUUUUGCUGUACGGUGUAUUUUUGUGUCUCUCCAUCCUGACCGAAUUCAACGUUUUUACUUUUGUGAACUUGCCCAUGUGCAGAGGGAACUGAUCUUUCCAGCAGACAAGUUGAGGACCUUAUCCUUUUUAAUUUCUGUGCAAUACAUAGACACGACCCCCAUCAUUACAUGUGAUGCACCCAGAGGUCGUGGAGUAUAUUCUGGUCAUUGUUCACAAGAACGUUUUAUGUCCUUCUGCUCCCCCUUUAUCUAUUUAUUGGGGGGGGGACAUAGUUUUUUCACAUGUGUGUUUCUUACUCUCUGUUAAUUCUAUUUAAACAGUGACCAGGGUACUAGAUAAAAGGCUGCUAACUGGCCUACAGCCAGCCCAAAUCGAGUCUGCUACAAUUCCUUCUUUUUUAAGUUAUUUGGGAGAGGACUAAUCUAAUUUAUGACUUGAGAUUGUUAAUGCAUAACAGAAGAAUGGGAAUGAUUCAUUUACCAGGGAUCAAGUACAGUAUGAAGAGAACCAGGGGAUCAGAAGCUAACGAAUUGCUCUUCCUUGUUCACAUCAACAAACUUAUUUGAUCUUACACUUGGUAUACAAUACCCAUCUGAAAAUAAAAGUUCAGGGUAUCGUGAAACUCCUCCAAAGUA